AUGGGGUUAGGCAAGGAUGUCGUACUGCUGCUGAUGAUGUUGACGACGACAUCUGCACAAGGUACGACAGACUGCUACAUCAUUCAAGACGGCACUGCUGUCUACAGUGGAACUACGGCCGUCGAUGAGUUCGGCAGAGAAUGUCAGAAGUGGGUAGACCAGUCCCCAAUCCCACACCCGUACACCUCCACCUCCUUCGACAUCACCAACGGAGCAGCUGGCCCCGGCAUAGUCGCCGCUAACAACUACUGCCGUGAUCCUUCAGGAGGGGCGUCUCAGCCAGCGGGCUUCUUAUGGUGCUACAUAGCCGACGGCAGCGCUAUCUGGUCAAGAUGUGGGGUUCCUCUGUGUCCCCCCGUCACACCCUCCCCCAUCCCGGGGGCACCAGAUCCCCCCGAGUGUUUCACGUUGCAGGGCAACACCGCCGUGUACAGCGGCACAACGGCCGUGACCCGCACCGGGAAGCCUUGUCAGACAUGGCAAAGCACACACCCUAUCCCCCACUCCUACCUCUCCAGCCACUUCGACGUCACCAACGGUGCUGCCGGAAUGGGCAACGACCACUUCUACUCCAACGACAUCAACAGUCACAACGACUACUUCUCCCACGACAACUACCCCAACGACAUCUACUACGCCUACGACGACUACAACCCCAACAACAACAACCACACCCACGAUAACUACAACUCCAACGACAACAACAUCCGCGAUGACGACUACUACCACGCCCACGACAACAACGCCCCCUGUUUUACACUGCAAGGAAGCACGGCUGUCUACAGUGGAACCGUGUCCGUCACCGCAUCUGGGAAAACAUGUCAGUCGUGGCAGAGCACGUCUCCGAACAACCACGCCUAUUAUUCAAGCUACUUCGACAUCACCAACGGCGACGCUGGCUCGGGCUACAGCGGCGCCAGCAACUACUGCCGCGACCCUUCUGGCGGUAGCAUUCUUCCAUCCGGGUACGUGUGGUGCUAUCUUGCAGACAGCAGCGGAUUUGAGCAGUGUAAUAUAAACCAGUGUACCACGACGACAACAACGACUACAACGCCGACGGGGACAACCACCACUACGACUACAACAACACCUCAAACAACGCAAGCUGCCUGUUUCACCAAACAAGGAAGCACGGCCGUCUACGGUGGAACAGUGGCCGUCACCGCAUCUGGGAAAACGUGUCAGUCGUGGCAGACCAAGUCUCCAAACAACCACGCCUACAUCGCCAGCUACUUCGACAUCACUAACGGCGUCGUAGGCGCCGGCUACGGUGGCGCUGGCAACUACUGCCGCGACCCUUCAGGAGGGAGCAUUCUUCCUUUUGGCUACCUAUGGUGUUAUCUUGCCAACUCUCCUGGAUGGGAGACAUGCGCAAUUGCUCAAUUGACAGGUGCGACUGACUGCUUCACCCUCAGCGGCAGCACUGCCGUAUACAGCGGCACCGUGGCCGUUACCCAGGCCAACCAGCCAUGCCAAGCUUGGUCAAGUAAAACACCCAUCUUCCAUGGGUACUUCUCAAGCCAAUUCGACAUUACCAACGGUGCCGCGGGGCCGGGAUUUGGUGGAGCCCUCAACUACUGCCGAGAUCCUUCAGGAGGAGGUGUUAAUCCUGUCGGAUAUGUGUGGUGCUUCGUCAGCGACGGUUCCGGAAUUUGGGGCAGAUGCAACGUCCCAUUUUGCGUACCAACGACUCCAGCUCCCGCUCCCGGAGCCACACCGCCUCCUGAGUGUUACACGAUACAAGGGGGUACUGCCGUCUACACCGGGUCCACGUCAACCACCAUCAGUGGAAGACCAUGCCAGUAUUGGCAGAACCAGUCCCCAAUUCCACAUGCGUACCAAUCCAGCUACUUCGACGUCACCAACGGCAGCCCCGGCUCCGGCUACGGCGGUGCCCUGAACUACUGCAGAGAUCCAUCAGGGGGUGCUGCUCCAGAGUGUUUCACACUGCAAGCUGGCACCGCCGUCUACAGCGGCACGACGUCGACAACGAUCAGUGGAAGUGCGUGCCAGGUGUGGCAGAACCAGUUUCCGACCUAUCAUGAAUACAACGUUGCUUCCUACUUCGACGUCACCAACGGCGCCGCCGGUCCUGGCUUCGCGGUUGCACCGGAAUGUUACACGCUGCAGUCAGGCACGGCAGUAUACAGCGGUAAGACGUCGACUACGGCUAACGGCAAGCCAUGCCAGGCGUGGCAAAGCACGUCUCCUGUGUUCCAUAUAUACACCGACGCUAACUACUUCACGGUAACUAACGGAGCGGCUGGCCCGGGCUUCGCGGGCGCCAUGAACUACUGCCGGGAUCCUUCAGGGGGUGCUGUCACCUCUAUGGGACAGUUGUGGUGUUUCAUUGCCGAUGGCAGUUUUGUAUGGGGAGUCUGCGAUAUUCCAAACUGUAUCUCCACAACUGUAUCAACGGAAGCAACGACGACUGAUUCAACGACCGAGUCAACGACAGAGUCAACGACAGAGUCAACGACUGUAACAACAACUGAAACGACAACCACAACACCAACGACAUCUGAAACGACAACUGAAACAACAACUGAAACAACAACCCCUUCAACAACAACUACACCAACGACAACUGAAACAACAACCCCAACGACAACCACUACACCAACGACAACUACUACACCAACAACUACUUCAUUGACUACAACCACUACAUCUACUACAACUACAACAACGACAACGACCCCCACCACCACGACCACAACUACCACAACGCCAACAACAACAACGACUACGACUACGACAACGACUACAACGACCACUACUACCACAACAGCAGCGCCCUGCUUUACGCUGCAAGGAAGCACGGCCGUCUACAGUGGAACCGUGUCCGUAACCGCAUCUGGGAAAACAUGUCAGUCGUGGCAGAACAGGUCUCCGAACAACCACGCCUAUUAUUCCAACUACUUUGACAUCACCAACGGCAACGCUGGCUCUGGUUACGGUGGUGCCAGCAACUACUGCCGCGACCCUUCUGGUGGUAGCAUCCUCCCAACAGGGUAUGUGUGGUGCUAUCUUGCUGCCAGCAGCGGGUCGGAGCAAUGUAAUAUACACAAGUGUACAACGACAACGACAUCAACAACAACGACUACAACAGCGACAGGGACAGCCACCACUACCACUACAACUACACCUCAAACAACACAAGGGGCCUGUUUUACCAAACAAGGAAGCACGGCCGUCUACAGUGGAACAGUGGCCGUCACCGCAUCUGGGAAAACAUGUCAGUCGUGGCAGACCAAGUCACCAAACAACCACGCCUACAUCGCCAGCUACUUCGACACCACCAACGGCGUCGCAGGCGCCGGCUACGGUGGCGCUAGCAACUACUGCCGCGACCCUUCAGGAGGGAGCAUUCUUCCUUUUGGCUACCUGUGGUGUUAUUUUGCCGAUUCUUCUGGAUGGGAGACAUGCGCCAUUACUCAAUGUAACACUUCGUGCUACACACUGCAAGGAUCAAUAGCCGUGUACAGUGGAACACAGUCUUCCACAGCAUCGGGGCGGCCGUGUCAGGCCUGGCAAAAUACCUUUCCAAACAACCACCCGUAUUAUGAAUCGUACUUUUCCGUCACCAACGGUAACAACUUACCCGGCUACGCGGGUGCUUCAAACUACUGCCGCGACCCUUCAGGGGGUUCCAUCUCUGCCAGCGGCUAUUUGUGGUGUUACUAUGCCGAUGGCGCGGGUUGGGGAGCUUGCAACGUUCCAAAGUGCUCAGCACCCGUAGAUUUAGGUUGCUACUUCCUUCAAAGCGGCACGGCUGUCUACAGCGGUACAGCAGAUGUGUCGGUGGAUGGUCAGACGUGUCAGCAGUGGUCAUCCCAGACCCCCAACCAACACUCAUACUACUCGAGUUACUUCGACAUAACCAACGGGGGAUCUGGCUCCGGCUACAGCGGCGCCAGCAACUACUGCCGCGACCCUUCAGGUGGACCUGUAUCUCCUGCAGGGUUUCUGUGGUGUUUCGUCCCCAGUGGAGUCUGGGCAAGAUGCACCCCUGUUCCCCUGUGUAGCGGUGGACCAGGCACAGGUGGUACUGGCCCAGGUGGUACUGGCACAGGCGGUACUGGCACAGGCAAUGCGGUCACAGCAGCAAUUGCUGCUGGAGGUUUUGGAUGUUUCAACCGUCAAGGAGGCACAGCGGUCUACAGCGGCACAGCCAGUGUGUCCAAUACUGGCAAAACUUGUCAACAAUGGUCAUCCCAGACCCCGAACCAACACUCAUAUUUCUCGAGUUACUUCGACACAACCAACGGGGCGGCUGGGCCCGGCUACAACGGCGCCCAGAACUACUGCCGCGACCCUUCAGGUGGACCUGUAUCCCCUUUAGGCUCUCUGUGGUGUUUUGUGACGAGUGGUGGCUACGAGAACUGUAACGUCCCCGACUGUUCCACCGUCAGUGGAUCUGUGACGACCCCAAAACCCGACUGCUACACCCUCCAAGGAGGUACGGCUGUCUACACAGGAACAACGUCAGUCACUUUGAGUAAUAGCGUGUGUCAAUACUGGGAACAGAAAUCCCCAAACAACCACGCCUACCAACCUAGCCACUUCGACGUCACCAACGCUGACCCGGGUUCUGGUUUCGCCGGGGCCAGAAACUACUGCCGUGAUCCUUCCGGUGGCACCGUCCUUCCAGCCGGGUUUCUGUGGUGCUUCAAGUCCGCCAGUGCUGGAUGGGAGAAGUGUGGUAUUCCGCAAUGCUGAAAUUCUCAACACCGUUUUUGUAUGUCUGAAACGUUCCUUCCAAAAUAAA